AUGCACGCGCCCGGAAACGGUCCGGUCUUUGCUAUUUAUUAUACUAUUCUUGCGGUGUUUGGUGUUCCAGCGAACUUGGUGACGAUUGUGAUUCUGUCGAAGGGAAAGUGCGGCCUCUCCAAGUGUAUCACCCUUUACCUGGUGUUUAUGGCGGUGGCGGAUUUCCUGGUCAUAGUCACCGUGGUGAUACUAAGCCGCCUACGGGCUAUUUAUUUCCCUGCCAGUUUCUUCUCCACCACGCCAGGCUGCACACUCAUCCUUGUCCUCAGCUGGGUUUCCAAAGACACGUCCGUCUGGUUAACGGUAGCGUUCGCCUUCGACCGAUUCACCGCCAUUUGCGGCCUAAAAUUGAGACUGCGAUAUUGCACAGAGAAAACCGCGGCGGUCGUUAUCGGGAUAGUUUUCAUGCUGGUCUGUUUCAAGAACAUACCCUCUUUCUUUCCUCUCGAACCAAUGUACGUCACUGAUAAUGUACCAUGGUACUGCGUCAUCAAGAGUAGCUAUUAUACCUCCGUUGCAUGGAGAAUCUAUGACUGGCAGCGCCCUGUAUUGAACCCAUGUGUCCCCUUCCUAUUGAUUUUGCUGCUCAACAUGUUGACAGUCAGGCACAUUCUCGCAGCCAGUCGAGCUCGCAGGAGGCUCCGAUGCCAGAGCAACGGAGAAAAUAAGUGUGACCCGGAGAUGGAGAGCAGGAGAAAGUCUAUCGUUUUGCUCAUGGUGAUCUCGGGAUGUUUUAUCUUGUUGCGGUUGAUCUACCUUGUGAAUUUCCUGCGUGUGCAAAUCACAGGCAACACUUAUGCCAGCGGCGUCAAUUCCAAUGAUCCAAAGUUUAUCCUGCAAGAAAGCGGACACAUGUUGGAGCUUCUCGGUUCGUGCAUUAACUCCUGCGUAUAUGCAGCGACGCAGACUCGAUUCAGGGGCCAGUUAACGUUUGCUGUUAAAUACCCCAUCAAUCUAAUUAAAAAAAUGUUCAACUAG